AUGGUCGGAAUCGACGCAAAUGCGAAAAUGGGACUUGAACAACAUCCCUAUGUGCUAAGAAGAUGGUGUUAUUCAACGGAGGACACAUCGGAUAACGGUGACCGUCUGGUCGACUUGUGCGAACAGACGGGCCUCAUCAUCGCUCCCACGUUUAAGAGGAAUCAUCGACGCCAUCAGCACACGUGGCAGUGGUCAACCCUUUUAACGCCUGAAGCUCGACUACGUUCUGGCAAAGAACAUUCCUCACUCACAUAUUCGAAAAUCAAGAGCUGUUUAGGAAAUCGCGUUUGA